AUGCCUGGAUGGGACCAACUUGCCACGUUUUUGCAGCAUGCGGAAGGCAUCAGAAUCCGCCCGGGUGAGGGGAGUGUUCUCCGCCCCUCCGACACGAUUCGUCUGCCCCCUUCCUCACCGCACCCCAAAACACAACCUUGGAAAGUCUGGGGCUCCCCUUUCCUAAAUGCUCCCUUCUUACUUUACCCCCGGGCCCCCGGAGGUCACGGGGGGCUGAGCAGUGGCCCUAGGCCACGGUUGCCUUUGGAAGCCCGAACUCCAAGGCCCUCGCCCCCCCGCCACCCGCAGGCCUCGGGUGUGCCGUUGAGUAAUUUUCCCGUGUGGGCCUGCAAGCGUCAACAAAGAAAACACGGGCCAGGGCCCCAUCUUCUUCCGCAGCCCCAGGGUCGACCCCCUUACCCGCCUCCACAUCCUGCGCCAAGUCUGCACCUCCCCCUCAUUCAUCUUCACACGUUGCAGGCCUUUUCGGUGUAUGCUGAUUUCCUCUUCAAGAUGCAAGAUUGCUCUGCUGCCUUUUGA